CCCUAAACAGGAUCUUUUUAAGAAAAAAAAGCGGUGUCCCCUAUGCCUUAUAAGGCAUGGGCAGGCUUACUCCAGCGCUGAAGAAGGGGCGGUAACGGGUUCAUGCUGCUGAGUUCUCUCCAGCAGCGGUCGCAGGCGAAUGAAGAAGUUGGGUGGAAAUUGCCAACACUUCGUCCCCCCGGCACUUAGCGGCGGAACUCAGUGAAGAGAGGAGGCAUCAGCUGAAAUUAAAAAAAAAAAACAAAACACCAAAAAACCCAACACUACUUGAUCAUGGGAAAAUCAGCUUCCAAACAAUUUGCUGAAGAAGUCUUGAAAGCACACAAUGACUACAGGAAGAAACACGGAGUCCCCCCAUUAAAACUCUGCAAGAAGUUAAACAGAGGAGCCCAACAGUAUGCAGAAGAACUGGCUACCACGAAGGUCCUCAAACACAGCUCCGAGUCUGCUAAUGGAAAAUGUGGAGAAAACCUAGCAUGGGCAUCCUAUGACCAACCAGGAAAGGAUGUGGCUGACAGAUGGUACAGUGAAAUAAAAAAUUACAGCUUUCAAAACCCAGGGUUUUCUUCUGGUACAGGUCACUUCACAGCGAUGGUUUGGAAGAACACAAAAAAGAUGGGGGUCGGAAAAGCGUCUGCUAGUGAUGGUUCUACAUUUGUGGUGGCUAGAUAUGAUCCAGCUGGAAAUGUAGUAAAUCCAGGCUAUUAUGAAGAAAAUGUCCUUCCUCCAAGAAAAUAACUUGUUUGUUGUUGGAUUUUUUUGGUUUGGUUUUUUUGUUUGUUUGUUUUUUUUAUAAAGGUAGUCUUACUGCUUAAUGACAAGUGAACCUGGAUUUGGACUUAACAGUGUUUGAAAUGAAGUACGAUUCACUGAAAAUUCCUGUUCAAUACUGCUGUUCACUUCUCAUUACAGAGGAAGCAAUUACAUAUUGUUCGGGUCAAUCUGCACAUCAAGUCCCUGUUGUUUCUGAGGGGGCUUCAGUUUAUUUGAGGAUGAAGUAUAUGCAGCAUUUCUGAAGGGUAAAAUUUACAAGGUUUUGGGGUUUUUUUAAUAGUUUGCAUGAACUCUGUGUCAGCAUGUGAGUAAGCACAUGUUGGGUGUCUUUUUUUAAACAAGCAAAUUUAUAGCUUUCUGUAAACUGAAGAUACCAGCUUGUGAUUAUAUCACGUACUCCAAGUUUUCCAGUAUUUUUCAAUAACUGUAAUUUCUAUGCUCUAUCUAUACCUCCUGCUACUGUGGGGCCUGCUCUCUGCAGAUGGAACAUAUGCAAAAUGUCCUGUAUGAAAGGUAUACAUGUAAAAUGUAGUGGCAUUCUGACCGACGUGCUUUUAUUAAGAGGAUCUCACAGAACACUAAAACGUUUAUGGCAAAAUAGUGUCUGUCAAGCAAGCCAUAACUAGUGCAUGACUUGAAAGCUACCAAAAUUGUUGAAAUCCCAGCUUUGCAUCUUAGGUGCUAAUAUUUUAAAUCUGUUUGAGAUGAAUGUAUUUCAAGUUCAAACCCCAUCUUACAGUUUGCAGUAUGCACAUUCUGUUAUAAUCAAAUUGUUUACUUCUGUUGCAGGAAAGUAAGAUACUAGUUUUUCUCUUAGAUGCACAAAAAAGUUUCUUUGAUGGAGCAUGUUGGAUUUUAUUUCUCAAGAACUUAUUUUUAUUUCCAAAGGAAUAUCUUCUGGAGGUGUCGUGCUAUACAGACAAUAACAUUCCCAGGUCAUCUCUUGUAUCCUUUAAUGAUGUCACAGUAGGAGGUAUUCACAUGGUCGUAAUUAAGAGCCAUUUGCUCUUUGUGCAUAUCAUUCAAUAAUAGUAAAAUUAUUUCACGUGCUGGAUUGAUGCCUUGAAAACAUUCAGACCGAAUUUCCUUAAAAGCAAGCAAAACUUAAGAGGACACUUUUUUUUUAUAUUUCAAAAUGUGGAUUGGGCCAUUUUGGCCAGGUUCAUAUAGUGUGCUUCAAUUUAGGAUUUUCUUUUCUUCAUAAAUGUUUCUUUUGAUGUCUGCUGAGAUUCUGUAUGCCAGAAUUUGGUUCAUGAAGAGUGCCAUUACAGAAAUACUUCUUUUUGUUUACACAGUUGUAAUAAACUGCACUGUUACAGCUUGAUUAUAUGUCACUGUGAUGCUGUAUGUUAUAAUAUUUUUGCUGUAACCAAGAACUUAACACAUAUAAUGAGCAUCUGAAAGUAAAUAUUUUUGAAUAUGAAUUACUCAGA